AUGAAAAUUGUUGAAAAGCAACUGUGCUAUCCUUAUUAUCAUGAAAUUGUUGAACCUGACUGCUAUAAUAAAUCAUCAAUUAAUAAUAAUGGGCAAGAUCACAUGAUCGUUAGAAAACCAUUAUCAUUUGGGGAAAAAAUUACUUUAAUGACUAAAGUGUUAUACAAAAAACAAAGAGAAGAAAAUAAUACACUAGAAUUAAACUCAGAUUAUUUUCAGACAAUGCUUGAAGAUGCUGAACCACAAUUGGUAGAAUUCUUUGAUGAGCUUUACAAUGCAUUUAUUCCAGAAAGACAGUCAGUUUACAAUAGAAAAGAAGAUAAAAAAAAGUAG